ACCCGGAAGCAGUGGCUGUGUUCUGGGACCUGGUUUUAAACCUUAAAAUGGAAACUUAAAAACAGUGAGGAGGAGUGUUGCUGUGGGACUACUUUGCAGAACGGAUUUUCUACCAGAGAAACAGCCUGGGUAACCUCUCCCUGUGUCUUUGCCUUGCCCGGGGUGCCCAGUUCUUUGCGGAGACAGGAUGGAUAAAUUUCUGGUGAAGAGGGCUCUCGGGGACCGUUUGGGAAAGAGUGAGGAGAGAAACGUGGGGGAGGAACAAGAUCAGACAGGUGAAGGCCCCGCUGUGUUGGAAGGAGAGGAAGGGAGCUCAAGGAAAAGGCCCAGGAGAGAGACUGCGGAGGAUGGAGUGAGCUCGGCAGGCCCCCGCUGGCGGCACAUUCGCGCUCAGGGCCUAGACUGUGACUACACAGUCCUGUUUGGUAGAGCUGAGGCGGAUGAGAUUUUCCAACAGUUGGAGAAAGAAGUGGAAUAUUUUACAGGGGCACUGACCAGGGUGCAGGUGUUUGGGAAGUGGCAUGAUGUACCAAGGAAGCAGGCGACUUACGGUGAUGCUGGGGUGACCUACUCGUUUUCAGGCCUCACUCUGUCUCCAAAGCCCUGGAUCCCAAUCCUAGAGCGCAUCCGGGAUCGUGUUUCUUGGGCAACUGGAAAGACCUUCAACUUUGUGCUCGUCAACAGGUAUAAAGAUGGCUUUGACCACAUUGGUGAGCACCGAGAUGACGAGCGAGAACUGGAUCCCAGGAGCCCCAUCGCCUCUGUCUCCUUUGGGGCCUGCAGGGACUUCUUCUUCCGGCACAAGGAUUCUCGAGGGAAGAGCCCCGCCCAGCGGGUGGAGGCAGUCAGGCUCCAGCUGGCCCACGGAAGUUUACUGCUGAUGAACCCGCCAACCAACACCAAUUGGUAUCACAGUCUCCCUGUCCGAAAGAAGAUUCUGGCUCCGCGGGUCAAUCUGACAUUUCGUAACAUUCUACUUACUAAAAAAUUUCAAAGAAAGAGUGGUGGCAGAAGAACAGUUACUCAAAGCUACAGCUUUGCAGUGCAGCUCAGUUCAUGGUCACACGAUCGGGCAUUUGUUUCACCAGACUCAGGUAAAACAGUAUAUUCCACGGAUAGCGAGAGUUACUGAGUCCUUACGAUGCACGCUGGGUCUGGCUUCUUGCACAUUCGGCUGACACCAAGGCAUCGACUUGAAGCGUCGGGCAGCUCUCCACCGCCAAGGCAGCACAGUUCUUAGCCUCACCUCAGGUGACCUUCUGGAUGAGUCUAAUUCUCAACCUUAUCUCUGAAGACUCAGUUUGCAUUUGGUAUCUUUUUAUUUCCUUAAAAUAAAAAAAAUUUAGCUAAAACGUAGGUGACCCUAUAACAUGUUGCCAGAGGGUUGAUUCCAACUCAUGGUGACCCUCUAGGACAGGGUAGACUUGCCUCAUAGGGUUUCCAAGGCUGUAAUCUUUACGGAAGCAGACUGCCACAU